CCAGUAACGCAUCGCCUCUAUAAAGUCUCGCACCCGUCUAGGGCAACGACUGAAACAGCCGCCGCCGCCGCCGCCGCCGCCGACGACGACUCAGCCGAGAGGCGCCCUCGUUUCAUCCCGACUUGUACGAGCACCAGCGCUCCGCCGCCGCCGCCAUGGGUAAGGUUCACGGCUCGCUGGCCCGCGCGGGGAAGGUGCGGGGGCAGACGCCCAAGGUGGCGAAGCAGGACAAGAAGAAGAGGCCACGCGGCCGCGCUCACAAGCGGAUGCAGUACAACCGCCGCUUCGUCACCGCCGUCGUCGGCUUCGGCAAGAAGCGCGGCCCCAACUCCUCCGAGAAGUAGAUCUAGCUAGGCCAGCCGCCUGAUUCAUACGCAUGGCUUCCUGGCCCCUUUGAUUUUUUUGUUCCCCAGUAGUUUCAUUGUAGUAAUCAAGAUUUUGGUGAUGCACUGAUAACAAGUUAAAGACCUAAGCAACAUUCUCUAUCGAUGGUACUGGAAUCUCAUCAAGUAUGAUAUGCAUCAUUUGGUUGAGUAAAAAUAAAUGACAGUGAGUGUCUCUCUCUC